ACCAACGCUAUGCCGGGAUGUGUUGUGAUCGUAUAUAAAUCCGCUGACUCUUCGAAUCGUUAACAAUUUGAUUUGUGAGCCUUUACAGUCAAGUCACGCGUCUUCUCCUCGCUUUCAAUUUAUCGUUUUUUUUUUUACAAAUAAUUUCAUCAAAAUGAAAUUCCUCAUUGUAUUAUUCUUCGUUGCUGCUGCAUCAGCCGCUGCCAUCGAUGAUAGCGAGAAGAAACAAGACAAACGUGGAGUUCUUGGUGUAGGAUAUGGAUAUGGUGGAUAUGGUGGCUUUGGUGGUCUUCAUGCACCAAUUGCUGCCCCAAUCGCUGCACCAUUUGCUUCAUACCACGCUCCAUUGGCCGUGCAUGCUCCAGCUAUUGCUCAUGCCCCAGCCGCAGUUGUAUCACACUCAACCGUUGCCCAUGCUCCUCUAGGAUACCCUGCACCUUUUGGAUACCACGCACCUCUCGGAGGUCUUGGUUAUGGAUAUGGAGGAGGUUACCCAUAUGGUGGUCAUGGCUAUGCAGGUCUUGGAUACAGCCAUGGCUAUGGAUUGAGCCACGGUUACGGUGGUUAUGGAUUAGGUUAUGGAUUGCAUUAAAUUCAUCAAAAUCAGCACAGAAAAAUCAUAAAUUUAUUUAAUUAAAUUAACAUCCAUCUAAAUUAAAAAAAGGAAAAAAAUAAGCAGAAUUCGUCAAUAACUUGAUCUUUAUGUGCAAUUUGGUCACGAUUGCAAACAAAAGAAAGAAAUAAAAUAAAAGUUUCGAAAAACCAAAAGAAAAUUGUGUUUUUUUUUUAAAUGUAAAUUGAAUUGAAACACUUGUCUAGUUCUUCUUUUAAAUAAAAUUUAUUUCAUUUUUUAAUCAAUUCAUCCAUUAUAUCAAUAACUUGUUCAUCUUAAAAAACUAUUUCUACAUUUGGACUCAUCGCAAUUAUCUACGUGUAUUUUCCAUUAUCAUAAAAAAAAUUCAUCUAUUAAUAUUAUAAAGAAAAUAUAUGGAUAUAUUACAUUUCGUUUACAUCUGUUCAUCUAUCA